AUGUCGAAGAAACUAGAUGUGCUUUUGCCCCCCAAAAAGUUCAUCUUCCAUUACAAGAAUGUGCGCUGGGCGAGGGGCCGGAAUGAGACCUACCUCUGCUUUGUAGUGAAGAGGCGAGUGGGCCCAAACUCCUUGACCUUUGAUUUUGGACACCUCCGCAAUCGCAGUGGCUGCCAUGUAGAGAUGCUGUUUCUGCGGUUUCUGGGAGCCCUGUGUCCUGGUUUGUGGGGGUAUGGACCUGCUGGAGAGAAGAGGCUCAGUUACUCCAUCACCUGGUUCUGCUCCUGGUCUCCCUGUGCCAAAUGCUCCGCCAAACUGGCCCAGUUCCUCAGUCAGACGCCCAACCUCCGCCUCAGGAUCUUCGUCUCUCGCCUUUAUUUCUGUGACAUGGAAGACAGUGAAGAAAGAGAGGGCCUGAGAAUGCUGAAAAAAGCUGGAGUGCACAUCACAGUCAUGAGUUACAAAGACUUCUUCUAUUGCUGGCACACCUUUGUGGCUCGUAAGCGCAGCAGCUUCAAGGCCUGGAAUGAGCUGCACCAAAACUCUGUUCGUCUGACCAGACAACUUGAGCGCGUCCUCCAGCCACGUGAAACAGAAGAUUUUAGAGAUGCCUUCAAACUCCUCGGAUUGUGAAACAUACCUGACCUGUUACCAUGUGAUCAAUUCGACUGUGUCUAUGGUGAAAACACAUGGUCCAUCACUACAACAAUUAAACUGAGAUUUUUUUUAAACUGAGAAAUUGUAGCAAGGCUUUAAACAUUGGGCAGCUGCUGCUUGUAGUUUCUGUAGCAUUAUUUUCAUGUGAAAUAAAAG